CACCUACUAACAUUGACCUCGAUCAGUCUAGAUCGCUCGUAAAAAUGAUCUCAGCAAAAGUGUUCCUGUCGCUAUGUGUGUGCGCGAUAAUAGUUCAUGCCAAACCACAAGUAUCGUAUUACCCUGAUAACGCUACGGAUGGCAUAUUCGACCCCGUCAAGGUAGCAUUGGAAACUUUGACGGAUUUGGUAAGGAACGCGGUCAACGAGGCACUGCUGACAUUCGAAAAUUUAAUCAGAGACAUUUUGAACGUCGCCCAACAAAUAUCUAACGACGCGUUCAGUCAAGUCACCAAGAUAGGUGGCGGAUUUAUCGAACAGAUUGACAAACUCGUUGCCGAGGCGACAGGUUUGGGUGUCGACAUCUCAGACUGCGUAGAUGAAGCCGUAAACCAGAUCAAUGCAUUAGAGAAUCGUGUGUCUAGUACUAUAGGGGCUUGUAUCAACAUCGAGGUCGACACUGCUCUCCGUUUCCUUAACGACAGUGUCAACGAGGUCAACGCGACUCUCGGCCAGGUAGAAGAUCUGGUGGUUGACUUGGCAAACUGUGUAGACGUGUUUAUCUUGGAGAUUCCCGUCUGUGUAGCUGGCGUCUCAGCGAAAGUCGUCGUAGCUACGGCCGAACUGCCUCUUCGUGUUGCCAAUAUAGUCGCGUCAGCAGUAUCGACCGUACAAACGUUCGCUACCACCCUGGGGUCCUGUACCACGGGCACCAUUAGUAGUAUGACACAGCAAGGGGCAGACAUAGUAAACGACGUAACCACUUGUGCCAAUAACAAGAUGCACAAUGCGGCGCAUAUCAAAUGAGAAGCUGUUUAGUUUAGUGUAUUGCGGAAAUAAAAUUUUAAUUCUCAUCUCGUGUUGUUUCGGUAAAAAUAUUUUUUUAUUAAAUUUGUGGUUAUUAAAUCGAGUUUCUAAACUUUCUGCCAUUGAAACCUGCUUUGAAAGUAAAUUUUAUGUGAAGAAAUUUCUUUAGUCAAUGUAUAUAUCCAUUUUAAAAAUGGUAUACGGGGAGUUAUUUUAUAAAAUCGCCAUUUGCAUUAUCCACCAAACGCGCAUGAAAUUAUCCAAAAAAAUAUUAAUUCAAUUAAUAGUUCAUGGAAACUAAUAUUUUUUUUUUUGAAGAGCUACUGAGAAUAUUAUGAGGGUAAACAAAACGUAAGACAAUGUAUUUGUGACAUUGAUUUAGAAAACGGCUUACAGUUAACGGAUUUGGUAAAAAUAUGUCAAUAAAUGCAAAUCUACUUUAGCAAAUAUAGAAUAUAAACAUGGUUUUUUGGUAUAUUUAGCAGAAAUGCAAAUUUUUGACCUGUAUAAACUGUAUUAAGUUAGACAAAUACAAAAUCUAUUUAGAAGUAUAUAAUCUUUUGAAAGAAUGUUAAAAAAAUUCUGGGAUAUCAUCCAUUAAAUUUCAUACAGCCAUAUAGUAUAAAUAAUAUAAAAUAUUUAAAUCGACGCGAUGUAAUGCCAAUCGAGAUCUUGCCGACACUUCUGCAGCUAAAUUACUUAUUACAUAUAAAAGAAACAUUUCAUUUUUAAUGGACUUGAAGCCUGAUUGACUCUGUGUUAUAGUUUUGUUUAGUUUUUCGUAAUAACACCUAACGUUAAUAAUAUUAAUUAAUAACAUAAUAAAAAAAAUGCUUUAUUUUAUAUAAGGUUCGAAAUUAUGUAAAUAAUUUCUGUUGGUUAAAACAUUUUGUGCAAUAAAAACGAAUU